ACGUCACAAUGAUUUUUACACUUAUAUUGUCUGUAACACUGUGUAGUAUAAGCCAGGGACUAGACAAUGGUUUGGCUGUGACGCCACCUAUGGGAUGGUUGUCAUGGGAACGAUAUAGAUGUAACAUUGACUGUGACAAUGACCCAGAUAACUGUAUCAGUGAGAACUUAUACACAGCAAUGGCUGACGCAAUGGUAACGGAAGGCUACAAGGAUAAAGGUUACGAGUACGUGAACGUAGAUGAUUGCUGGAUGGAGAAGGAACGAGACGCCAACGGUACACUUGUAGCAGAUAGAAAACGAUUCCCACAUGGCAUGAAAUGGCUUGCUGACUACAUGCAUGCUAAAGGAUUAAAACUCGGUAUAUAUGAAGAUUUUGGGACAUUUACAUGUGGUGGGUAUCCUGGCAGCGAAUUCUAUCUUCAAAAAGACGCCGAAACAUUUGCUUCUUGGGGAAUAGAUAUGGUCAAACUGGAUGGUUGCAACUCAAACAUUCAAGACAUGGAAUAUGGUUAUCCAGCGAUGUCAUUAUUCUUAAAUCAGACUGGACGUCCAAUGUUGUACUCCUGUAGUUGGCCAGCCUAUGUUGUCUUCUCCAAACAAAUUCCUGACUAUAAGAAGAUUGCUAGUUAUUGUAACAUCUGGAGAAAUUAUGCAGAUAUACAAGAUUCCUGGGACAGUGUUAGAGGGAUUAUAGAAUUCUAUGGUAACGAUACUGGAAACUUCAGUCUUGUUGCAGGACCUGGAAACUAUAAUGAUCCGGACAUGAUCAUUGUCGGUGACUAUGGGUUGAGUUACGAUCAACAACGGGUACAGAUGGCCAUGUGGGCGAUCAUGUCAGCGCCUUUACUGAUUUCGGUAGAUCUGAGGAACGUAAAACCUGAAGCUAAAGCUUUGUUACAGAGUGAUAUUCUAAUUAGAAUUAACCAAGACGCAAAUGGUAGCAUGGGGAAGAGAAUUAUGAAAAAUGGUGCUAUGGAAAUAUGGACAAAGAAGUUGGGGUUUGAUUUUAAAGGAAUGGCUUUUGCUUUCCUGAAUUUAGACGACGGAGGCGGUCCUUUGCGGGUAAACAUGCGACUAUACGAAAUUGGUUUGACUAAUACAGAGGGAUACAAUGUGACGGAAGGUUUUACUGGAGAAUUUAUCGGGGUUCUAAAACCCUACGAUGUCAUCAAUGCCAGCGUUAACCCAUCUGGUAUAUGGCUUGGAAUGGCGUAUUGAUUUCCCAGCUAAUGUGUGCUAGAUUUUUUUAUGAAUUAAGAUAGAUAGAAUUAUUUUGUUGCACAUUUGUAUUAUUUUUUUCUAUAAACUCGUAUAUUACCAAAAGGAAUCUAUGUAUCCUGUUGUUAUUUUUCAUAAUUGUAAUUGUUGUUAAUUGAAGUAUUGAUUGUGGUGGUGGCGUUUUUCAUGAAACUU